AAUAAAAGCUAUAGCGGUUAAAGAAUAUUACGAAAAAAAAUUAAAAGGAAGAAAAAAAAGAGUGGGAUUUUAAUAGAUAGAAAUGGAAGUUAAGAAUGAUGCAUGCCCAAUUCCACUCUCUUAUAACUAUGAAGAUGUAAAUGUAGAAUUUCAAAUGCAGAACUUGCCUACAUAUGACACUCUAAUCCUCCAUUUACCUGAUGGUUUCACAAUGGACCAUGCAAGUAUUGGAGUAACAAUUGAUUCCCAAGCACAUAACUUGUUAACCAUCUCCGGGCAUAAGCACGACGAAGGCGACAAGUGGAACCGAUUUGUUAGACAAUUCAACGUUUCGAAAGAUUGCGAUCGGUCGAGAAUGUAUGCCACAUUCAAAGAUGAGAAAGAUCUCUACGUAACCCAAUUCAAACCCCCGUCUAUGCUCAAUCUCCCCGCCAUGGAAGAAGUUGUUGUUGCAGACCCAAAUGCAAUAGCUUAUACAAAUGGCCUACACGUAGACGCAGAAGUUGAUGAUAAAGGCACCCUUCAUUUACCAGGUUUCACAGAAGAACAAGUAAGGGUUGAAGUAAUAGAAUCUGAACAAGUGGUCAAGAUAAGUGGGCAUAAACAGCCCCCGGGCGGGAGGAUGUACUAUACAGAAGAGGUAUAUAAGCCUUCUGAAUUCAAGGGGUGGAUUCGGUGUUUAAAAGAGUACCCGAUUUCACCCGAGUUUGACACGAAUCAGAUCCAGAAGAAAACCGAAAAGGAAGGCCUGUAUAUAAAGCUAGCCAAAUUCGACAUACCCAUAGCAGAGUCCAUCAAUAAUAAAGCAGAAGAAAGAAAGGAAGAGAGUGUGAUGAUAAUGAACAGAAUGCCAUCCCACAAGAUUUCAGAUUAUGGGUUACAGGGAAAUAAUGAAAGAGAUUUUGGGAUGAUAGAGCUAAAAGGAGACGAUCCGCGGGUGGUACACAGUGUUGGGCGUUGGGCGGACGGCCCGUCUGAACCCAUAGUUCUGCCUACUGAAGUGUUGAAGGGUUUGAAAUUUGAAUAGAAAAAGGCGGCCUCCCGUUUGGACGAUGUUGAAGGAAUGAAAGGCGUGUGUUCAAUAAAUGAGCGCGGCAUAUAUGGUUUACAAUAAAGUUGAUAAAUAAAUGUGAAGAAUCAUGAUUAUCAUAGAAUAUAAUUAACAUUGCUACAUCAUUAUAGGGCGUUGAAUUUAAUAUGUUAGUGCUUGGGAGUUAUUCAAUAUAAUGGAACAGUCGUG